CUGCUAGCCACCAGUGGUCUGAAGCGCACUCUUGGUCAUUGAGCUUUACUCGGCAACCAUAACACUCCUCUUCUCUCUACUAGCCAGCCAGAGUAACCAUUCAUCUCUCUCCAACCUCUCCCUCCGCUGUUUCCAAUCAAGCCAAGGCCAUCAUGACUUCUUCUUCUGCUCCCGCCCAACUCCCCAGUCGCAUCCGCCGCCGUCGUCGUGCCGAUGGGAGUGUGAUCCGCGAGGGUCGUCUGUUGUCGAUCAUGGGUGCGGAAUGGGACGGCUACGUCUAUCUGAGCGAUGUGUACAUUUCGGCUGCUCAGUUUCUCGCCGUCAAGCAUUUCAACGAACGCAGCGGUGCCGUCAUGCCUGAAUUGCCCGCGUUGUUGGAAGGAUGCGACUUUCAAAUGACCUUUGAACAACGCGAAACGAGUUAUUCGCCCGUCGAUGCCGUGCAAGCCUUGUUGGAUGCGACGGAGGAUCCGGCGGAUCCUGUCAUUGAUCAUCAGUGGAACAGUCACAACAACCAUCACAACAGUCCUCUGGAAGGGAGCGAUAGUAGUAGUACCACCUUUACCAUUAUUCAUGAAGGAGAGAUUGUGGGGAGUCACAUCAAUCAUACUCACGCAAUGGAUGGUCGUCGUCGUCGUCGCCAACUAGAGCAAGACAGUCCAGACAACAGAAGUCCAGACGAUGAUGAGGAACUCCCAUUGGCAUCUCCCGACGAAUGGCAACACCCAUUUGCCGUCGUGGGAGCCUCGUACUCGUACGUGACCAUUCCCCUCAACAUUGUGGGAGCAUCGACCAUGGAAUUGCCCAUGCUCUCCGGAAGCGCCACCAGCAGUGCUCUCGACGGCGCUCCCCUCUUUGGACGCACCAUACCGACCAAUCGAGGAGAUUCUCACGCCGCCAUGCUGUACUAUCGACAUCGCAACAUUACCCAUGUCGCCUGUCUCUACAGUACCGAUGCCUGGGGAACCGCCUAUCAUGCCGAUUUGCAACGGGAAGCACGGCAUUUCAACAUUACCUUGCAGUCGGUGGGGUAUUUGGAAACGGAAGACAACAUUCAAAAUGCGCUAGAACAGAUACAGGCAACCAAACUCAAACACGUCUUUGCCGUUCUCUUGGAUUGGAAAACCGUCUUGGGACCGGCGUAUGAUUUGGGCAUUGUGGGGCAUCCCGACUACAGUUGGAUUACCGCCGAACAAACGGAAUGGACCGCAGACGAUUUUGUACUCAAUCGGACCACCACCACACUGGAAGAAGGCUUUCUGCAGGACGAUUUCUACGACAGUCAAGACGAAAUAGAAGACAAUGAUGAAAUGCCCGUGGAACUCAAAUGGGCGCAUGCACUCCACGGGAUGGGACAAAUCACACUGCACGUCGAAGAUCAUCCGCGGUUUUCAGACGCCAUGGCCGAGUUUGCCAAUGACAAUUCGACAUUGCGGGACGAAUACAGCGACGCCUUUUACGAAACGGAACUGUGGCAAGAUCUCUUGUGGACCACCCCCGAUUACAAUGUCUGGCAAGCGAUGAAUUACGAUGCCGCCAUUGCCUUUGGUAUUGCGGCCUGUCAGACACCCGGACUCUUUACCGGUCCCGAACUCUAUCAGACGCUGUUAAAUAGUGGUCUGGAAUUUGAAGGUGUCACCGGCAGUGUCUCGUUUGAUCCUACCACGGGAACCCGCAGUGCCGAUAGUGUCACGUACCGCAUUGACAAUUUGGUGUUGGAUCUGGACGAAUCGGAUAGCGAGUACAUUCGAUUUGAUUCCCGAUUGGCCGUAUUGUUGGCCCAUGGCCAAGUUCAGGAAAUGCAUGACUUUCGUUACUACGGCAAUACCACCGCCAUGCCGUCCGCGUUGCCGACGGUACACGACCACAAUUACAACCUCAUUCCCGUUGGAGCACAAGCCUUUGGAUGGUUUCUAUCUGCGGCUCUCAUGACAAUGAGUCUCGGAUGGAUCGUAUGGGUACAACAACAUCAAACCGCCGUCAUUGUACAGGCCAGUCAGCCCGUGUUCCUCUAUCAAGUCUGUGUGGGGACGUUGCUCAUGGCGGCCGCUAUCAUCCCCAUGGGCUUUCAGGGGACGGAACCCACAAUGGGGUUGAAUACGGCGUGCAUGUUCAUUCCAUGGUUGGUCUUUGUGGGAUUUGUUGUGUCACUGUCGGCACUCUUCAGCAAGGCGUGGCGACUGAACCAGAUUGUCAAAUCGGGGGUACAAAUGCGACGAGUACAGGUUCAGGUGGUCGAUGUCAUUUGGCCCUUUGUCUUGCUCAUGACCAUCAAUGUCACGCUACUCACGGCCUGGACCAUUGUAGCGCCAUUGGAAUAUAUCCGCGAAAAUGAUCCUCACAAUGUCGACAUGUUCGGACGACACGUGGAAUCUUUUGGAGCCUGCAAAGUCAAUCCGGACAAUUCCGUGAGUCCGCUGUGGUUUCAAAUACCCAUCUUCUUGGUGAACGUUGCGACCUUGGGCAUUGCCACGUAUCAAAGUUACAAGUCACGGCAUUUACCCACAGAGUUUUCCGAAUCGAGCUACUUGGCCAUUAGCAUGGCCAGUUUGCUGGAGUCAUUGUUACUGGGUGGACCCAUCCUGUUUGUAACCUUGGACAAUCCAACAGCCUUCUUUGUGGUGGGAUCCGGUCUCUUGGCUGUUUGUUGCCUCUGCAUCUUGCUGCCAGUGUUCAUCCCCAAGUUCCAGAAACGGAAUGAAGCCAGUCUCGCCACCACCCUAAGGGACUCUAUCGUCAGUGCUUCCAUGAGAAAGAUGUCGUCUGCGCGCGGUGGCCUCGACAGCAGCCUUCGAAGCAGUCACGGCUUUAACGCAACCAGUUCCAGCAACUUUAGUCGGGAAUUUCAACAACAUCCACAUCAAUACUCUCCGCCACCGAGUCACGGCACCCGAUCUGCUCCUGUGAGUGCGGACAGUUGGAACGUUACAACCUCUCAGUUCAGUGACGACGCACAGAGCCACGAUAGCGACAUUGACAUUUCGGAUACUCCCAAGAAGAGGGAGCCGUGGGGACGGAUGAGCAUUAAGCGUACCGCGAGUGACAAGCCCGUGACCGCCACCAGCAACGGGAGUUCGGAGAAGAAUCGCACAUCAUCAAACCAGAGCAAUCGUGGAAGUCGUGCACCCUCGACUCUGGUGAGUCGAAGUCAGUGCAGCAGCAUGCCGGAGAUCAUGGAGGAGGAUGAAAUACGCGACGACAAUGUGUAAGCUAGAAAGUGGCGGUCAUCACUCACGAAGAGCUCGGAGGGAGUAAGCGCCAACCUUUCCGCAGUACCCGUAACGGUAAUGCGGUGUGUAGGAGGCAGAUUUUAGCUAAUGGCCAUAAUAUAUAAUAUCAUAGGUUUGCCAUC